CUUACAUUCCCUCUCUAGUUGUCCUUUUCUAGUUUUUGUUCCUCUCAAAUAGUACAUCAAAAAGCCUUGAACAUUCACACUUUCACAGGUUAUAGUGAGUGAUAAUGGCUGGGAGAGCUCCGAUCCCUACCAAAAGCUCUGCUCUUAUAGCUAUGAUUGCUGAUGAGGAUACUGUAACUGGUUUUUUGAUGGCUGGAGUUGGCAAUAUCGAUAUGCGGCGUAAUACAAAUUUCCUUAUCGUGGAUUCAAAAACGACCGUCAAAGCAAUUGAGAACGCGUUUAAAGAGUUCACAAACAGGGAGGAGAUUGCUAUUGUGCUGAUGAGUCAGUAUAUCGCGAAUAUGAUCAGGUUUCUGGUCGAUAGCUACAACAGACCAGUUCCUGCGAUCCUGGAAAUUCCGUCGAAGGAUCACCCAUAUGAUCCCACUCAUGACUCCGUCCUCUCUCGUGUGAGAUACUUGUUCAGUGCCGAAUCUGUUGCAUCUGAAAGACGCUAAAGAAACUCGAUGAAUAUGUGUAUCUUAUAGUUCUGUCAUCCAUAACAUGUGCGUGUGUUGUUCUUCUUCUGUUUAUCGUUGUGUUAAUAAAGUGCAUAUGCGAAUAAUGAGAGCUCUGUGAUGCUUCGGUAUAUGUAGUGUCCAUGUAUUUUUACUGGUUCAAUGCUGAUUGCAAGUUUCUUGCUGUAGAAUCUAUUUUUUGGGCAAAAUGUAUUGUAUGAAGAUUUGUGUUAAUUGUAAAUAUGCUCUGGGAAGCUGGCUAUUUA